UCCUGCGAAGAGAGAGAAAAAAAGACCUCGGCUCACUCCCUGACCAGUAAUCUCCAAAUUCAAAGCUGCCUUUUUCUUUAUUUCAUCUCCUUUUGAGAACCUGUGAUGUUUAGUCUAGUUUUAUUGAUUAUGUUAGCAGUGUUUUGUCUGCUCGGAUCAUUCUGGAAGGUCCAGUUUUGUAAACAUCGUUGGAGCCCAGUUUGAUGGCAGCAUGGUGUUUUUCUUUCUCUCUAAUGGAUCAUCUUCAGGACUUUCUGGUUCUUUGAUGUCAUUGUAGAGAUCUUCUGCCAUUAUUUAUCAACAAUCUGGAUUUUCAGCCAUGCAGUUGACUUGACAUUAUUUGACCUUUCUGAAGCACACCAGAAAAGAGAGGCCUGGUGGAUGGGAGUGUUCGAUGUGGCGUGGCCCAAAUGUGAAAUGAAAUCCAUGCAGCUCCUAUCAGCCUCACAUUAAAGUAAAAAAUGGAGAUUCCUUGGGGCCCUUGGCUACAUGCUCAGACAUGCAUCUCCCUCUUUAGACUGCUCGUGUCUCAUUCAAGUUUGGUGAUACGGACAUUAUUCUUUCUCUAGUCUAAUGUCAUUAAUCUCAUUUCGGCUAUAACCCUUUUACAGAUUUUUCUAAACGAGCUGGACUUUUUGCGAGUGAGAAAGUUUGGCUGAGGAGGAAAUAAAGGCAAAAUCAGAUGCUGUUGAAGGGAUGGAGGUGUCCAUGCCACCUAAAGCAGUCCCUGAUCUAGAAUCAGUGGAGCAGGCAUUGGCUGCACAGAAGAGGAAAGCACCCAGUCCUCCACAUUCCUCAAACGGACACUCUCCCUCAGACACGUCACCCAGUCCCACAAAGAAAAAGAAGAAACCAGGAUUAGUCAACAACAGUAAAGAUCAAUGUGUGCUUAGACAUGGUCCCUUUUACUAUGUCAAGCAGCCCGCACUCACCACAGACCCUGUUGAUGUUGUACCGCAGGACGGGAGGAAUGACUUCUACUGCUGGGUGUGUCACCGCGAGGGCCAGGUGCUCUGCUGUGAGCUCUGCCCGCGCGUCUACCAUGCCAAGUGCCUCAAACUGGCCGCAGAGCCUGAGGGUGACUGGUUCUGUCCAGAGUGUGAGAAAAUAACGGUGGCUGAAUGCAUAGAGACUCAGAGUAAAGCUAUGACCAUGCUAAACCUGGAACAGCUGUCCUACCUGCUCAAGUUCGCUCUACAGAAAAUGAAACAGCCAGGGACGGAGCCAUUUCAGAAGCCUGUGUCCCUGGAACAGCACCCAGAUUACGCUGAGUAUAUAUUUCACCCAAUGGAUGUGUGCACAUUAGAGAAGAAUAUCAAGAAGAAAAUGUACGGUUGCACGGAAGCAUUUUUGGCAGAUGUAAAGUGGAUUCUACACAACUGUAUAAUUUAUAAUGGAGGGAAUCACAAGCUAACCGCAACUGCUAAAGUUAUUGUCAAGAUCUGUGAACAUGAGAUGAAUGAAAUUGAGGUUUGUCCAGAGUGCUACCUGUCUGCCUGUCAGAAGAGGGACAACUGGUUCUGUGAACCUUGUUCUCAGCCUCACCCUCUGGUGUGGGCCAAGCUGAAAGGUUUUCCCUUCUGGCCUGCAAAAGCCCUGAGAGACAAGGACGGCCAGGUGGAUGCACGGUUCUUCGGCCAGCAUGACAGAGCCUGGGUGCCCAUAAACAACUGUUACCUCAUGUCUAAGGAGAUCCCCUUCUCUGUAAAGAAGACCAAAAGUAUCUUCAACAGCGCCAUGCAAGAAAUGGAAGUUUACGUGGAAAAUGUGCGUAAGAAAUAUGGCGUGUUCAACUACGCUCCAUUCCGGACACCCUACACACCCAACAACCAGUUCCAAAUGUUGCAGGACCACGGUAACCCCAAAAAAGGCCCAGUGAAGCCUGAGAAACAGGAAAAAGUCAAGUUUAACUUCGAUAUGACCGCAUCUCCCAAGGUGCUCCUUGGUAGAACGGUGAUGCCAGGAGGGCCGGGACGCCGGAUCUCUGUGACAGACAUGCCUAGAUCUCCAAUGAGCACAAACUCGUCAGUCCACACUGGGUCAGACCUAGAGCAGGACGAUCGAGGGCCGAGAGUAUCGUCUAGUCACUAUAGUGCUGGAGAAGACUCGAUGGAUUGUGCAGCGUCCCCUGCCUCUCUGAAGACAAGCAACAGUCCCAAGCCUUUACUCCCCACACCAGUUAAACAGGAAAGGAUCUCGAGUACUGGAGGCAUUCUCAAUCUCAACCUCGAUCGUGUUAAAGCUGAAAUGGACCUGAAGGAGUUGAGUGAGACUGUACAACAACAACAACAGCAGCAGCAGCAGCAGAGGACCUCGGUGCUUCUAACCUCUCCCAAAAAAACAACCAGGAGUUUGGAUAAAACCAUAGAGAGCUGCAAGGCCCAGCUGGGAAUCGAUGAGAUCUCUGAUGAUGUGUACCGUGUGGAGCGCAGCGAAUCUGAUGACUCUGACAAGUCCGACUCCAGCGAAAGUGAAUACAUGUCUGAUGAUGAACAGAAACCCAAGAACACUAACCACAACAACAGUGUCCACAAAGACUCCAAAAAGAGACCCAGACCUCUUUCCGCUCAAGGACAAGAUCAAAACGCUGUCCCUUCAACCGGUGGAGGGACAACCGGUGGGGACAAGAAACCUGCAGAUCCCCUGACUAAAGAAAAGUUAAGUGUUGGUGUGGAGAAAGAUUCUCAGGAGAAGCCCAAAAUCUCACAGCAGAACCAGAGGGAGAGGACGCAGCCUGGGAAGGACGGAAGGCCUGCAGGCCCGGAGGUGGAUAUGGACUCAGACUCUGAGCGGGAACUGGUGAUAGACCUCGGUGAGGAAUCAGGAGGAAGGGAGAAGAAGAAAGCCAAGCGAGAGGUCGCAUCAGCCCCCAUCUCCACACCUAAAGACCAAACAGGCGUUAAGACAGAGGUUAAAACCCCUGCAUCUACCAGCAUAUCAGCUUCUCCGUCCACAGAUAACACUUCAGCUUCCUCCAACCUUGCUCCAAAAGAUGCAACUGCAUCAGCCACCAAGCCGCCAGCCACCGUCACGACUGUAUCUACUGCUCAAGCCACCUCCAACUCAGCUGUUCACCCUGUUCCUGCAGCCCCAGCCACUGCCAAUGUGGUGAAGAAACAGCGCCCUCUGCUGCCCAAGGAGAGCACACAGCCGGCUCAGCGGCCUGCAGGGUUUAACCAGCUGGGCAGUAAAUUCCAGACAUCGUCUCAGAAGUGGCACAUGCAAAAGGUGCAGAGACAGCAGCAACAGGGUGGGCAGAUUCCUCAGAUGCUGGUGCAAAACCAGUCACAGCCCCAGACGCCAACAAACAACUCCAGCACCCGCUACAAGACCAGACAGUCUGUCAAAGCUGUCCAACAGAAAGAUUUCUCACCUGUUAACACAACGUCUGGUACCUCCACCUCCAGUCUGGCUGGAGACUUCCUUACCCCUCCUGCAUCUGCUGAUGUUGCCGCUGACAUUGCCAAGUACACCACCAAGAUGAUGGACGUGAUCAAGGGAACAAUGACAGAGAUAUACAACGAUCUCUCCAAGAGCACGACGGGAAACACCAUUGCAGAGAUCCGGCGGUUGAGGAUUGAGAUUGAGAAACUGCAGUGGCUGCAUCAGCAGGAGCUGUCGGAGAUGAAACAUAACCUGGAGUUGACCAUGGCAGAAAUGAGGCAGAGUCUGGAGCAGGAGAGAGAAAGACUGGUGUCAGAGGUGAAGAAACAGAUGGAGGUGGAGAAGCAGCAGGCGGUAGAUGAGACUAAAAAGAAGCAGUGGUGUGCCAACUGUAAGAAAGAGGCUAUCUUCUACUGCUGCUGGAACACCAGUUACUGUGACUACCCCUGCCAGCAAGCACACUGGCCCGAACACAUGAAAUCCUGCACACAGUCAGCCACAUCAUCUCAGCAGGAGACUGAAGUAGAAGCUAGUUCAGACCCAGCCGGAAAACCUGUAGGACAGUCUCCUAAAACCCAACCUUCACCAAUCGGAGACAGAACAUCACCCACAAACCGAGGACCCUCCACAGACAACACUAAAGCCAGCUCCUCUGUUGCUGUCUCAUAACCAGAGAGUUACUGAGAUCUUUUUUUUUUUUACCAUCAGAACCGUGCCAUUUCAGAGUUGAGUCAGCAGUUAACACCAAAGGACAUUGACUCAUUUUCAACAGAGAUUUAGAGACUUUCUUUUCAAGUGUAGUCAUGAAAUGAUGUUGGCCAAAUUCCUUUGCCUGUUCACUACAUCAAACAACAUUAGGAUAAUGCCUAUAAAGGUUUGAUUCAUUUCUAUGUAAAAUGUAAUUUUGUAUUUGAAUUUGUGACUUGUUUAGUACAAAAACGCCCUUUGAUAGGAAAUAUGCAACUGUGAUACUGUUGUCCUUUUUUUAUACAUAUCAACUUUUGUAAACUUCAGAAACAAACAAAUUUGUUGGGUCAGUAUAAUUUUUUCUCACUAAAUGUGAAAGAUGCACUUAGAAGUGCCUGUAGAAGGGUCGGUUUACUUUAUACAAAGGUAAUCAGGAAUGAAGAGCGCGUUUGUACAAGCUCAAAAACAUUUACGGAAUAUGAUUGUUAGUUCUCAUGGAUUGUCAAGUUUCUGGAAAGAUUCAAAGAUUUACUCCACAUGUCUUACAUCCAUGAAAAGCUCCUUGAUUAAAAAUAAAUAAAAGACAAAAUCUAGAGGAAAGAAGGAAAAGACUGAACUUAUUGCAGGCAUGUUUCUUUUUUCUUUUCUUUUUUUUUUUCUUUUUUUCUCCUAUCUUGUGGACUCUCUUGUUUACAUACUGUAAAUAAAAAAAGAAUAAGCAGAGAAGAAAUCUGAAAAAUAAAGUCUUCAAUGAGACACAAAA